CAGGAAAUGAGCAAAACACUACCGCGGUCAACUACAUGUUGAACAGCUAAAAUUGCCAUGAAGGGACUUUACUGCAAACCAGGAGACCAGGGUGAUGUGAAGUUUGUCCUACAGGAGACAAAUGUACCCACUAACCUUGGCAGCCAUCAGGUCAAAGUUCAAGUGAAAAGCUGUGCACUAAGUCCAGUUGAUUUUAAGCUGUACGAGGACCUCAAGUUUGAGAAAGAACAUGUCCCAGUUGGAAGGGAGAUCGCUGGGGUUGUUCUUCAAGGUUUACAUGUUGGACCCAAAGUUACCUUUUUCCAGCCAGAUGAUGAGGUUGUUGGGAUUCUUCCAUUGGAUGCUGAACAAUCUGGCCUUUGCUCCAUCGUGGUUACUGAUGAAUAUAAUUUAGUUCAGAAGCCUGAGAAAGUGAGCUGGGUUGAAGCAGCAGCAGUAAUUAAAGAUGGUCUCAGGGCUUACACUGCUCUCCACACUCUGGCUCGGAUGGCUGCGGGUCAGACUGUACUGGUGCUGGAUGGGGCUGGUCCCUUUGGAGUUCUGGCCAUUCAGCUCGCCCACUAUCACGGUGUGAAAGUCCUGGCUACAGCAUCAUCUCCGGAGGACCAGACGUUUUUGGAAGAGCUCCGGCCGAGUGUGGGUGUGCAGGAAUCACUUUUGGCUCGAGUGAUCAGAGUGUGGGACUCUAAGCAGGAUUUGGUGGACUCGUGCCUUGAAGAAACUGGAGGUCUUGGAGUGGACAUCAUCAUUGAUUCAGGAGUGAGACUCUAUGAGGAGGAGCCAGAAGCACAGAGGCAUUGCCCACAUAAACAUGACCUCCUUACCCUUCUUUCAGUUGGAGGUCACUGGGUCACCACAGAACAACACUUACAGCUGGACCCUCCUGACAGCCACAUUCUCUUCCUGAAGGCAGCAUCGCUCUCAUUCCUUAACGACGAGGUGUGGACAACAUCCCGGGCCAAGCAGGGCCGAUAUCUUCAUAUCCUGAAAGAUGUGAUGGAUAAACUCUGCACAGGGACCUUCAGGCCGCAAUUGGUGGACCCUGUGCCUUUAUAUGAAGCUACGGUCUCCAUGGAGAUGGUACAGAGAAAGCAAGCGAGGAAAAGAAUAGCUGUCAAGCUUUGAAGAGGGCUCAAAAUAUUUUUGCCAUAAUUCUGUAAAUUUUAGC